AUGAUCCGGCUGCUGAGCUCCCUCCUCCUUGUGGCCCUGGCCUCAGGCUCUGACCAGCCUUCCUACAACCCCUCCAGCCGCGUGGUCAAUGGUGAGGAUGCAGAGCCCAACAGCUGGCCUUGGCAGGCUCUCUUGCAGUAUAAGGCAAGUGGAGGCUGGUCCUUCACCUGUGGAGGGACCCUCAUCGGUUGUUGCUGGGUUAUGACUGCUGCCCACUGUGUCGUGAGUGGCGGGACGUACCGGGUCGUGUUGGGAGAGCACGAUCGGUCAGUGACGUCGGGACAUGAGCAGACCAUCACUGUGGAAAAGGUCUUUGUGCACCCGCAAUAUGACGACAAUGAUGUGUCCAAAGGCUAUGACAUCGCCCUCCUCAAACUGUCUGAAUGCGCCAACAAGACGGACGAGGUCAAGCCUGCCCCCCUCCCUCCUCCUGGCUACAUCCUGCCCCAUGGGACAGAAUGCUACGUCACUGGCUGGGGCCGGCUCUCCACUGGUGGACAACUGCCAAGCAAGCUGCAGCAGGGCCUGCUGCCCGUGGUGGACUACGAACACUGCUCCCAGCGGGACUGGUGGGGCUCCACUGUGAAGGAGACCAUGGUGUGCGCUGGCGGAUACGAAGUCUCUAGCUGUAAUGGUGACUCUGGAGGACCCCUCAACUGCCCCGGAGUGAAUUGUAAGUGGGAAGUCAACGGCAUAGUCAGCUUUGGUUCCGCUCGAGGCUGCAACACAGAGAAGAAGCCCUCGGUGUUCACCCGUGUGUCAGCCUACAUUGACUGGAUUGAGGAGAAGCCCUUGGUGUCCGCGCGCAUGUGGUGCUUCAUUGAGUGGAUCGAGAAGAUCACUGGGAUUGACUUCAGCUAG